CUGAAAAAUGUCUCUAUAUCUAGCUGGAGUAAAGUUAGGUAAAACGUUUAAAAGUGAUCCAAUCGCUCAGUAUUUUUUUGGCUGUUUUACCGAAACGGUUUCAAAACUGUAUUAAAAGAACACAAUUUGCAGAAAUUUUGUCACACGACAGAAUCAGGAAGUACAUUAACUGCAGACAAACUGAAAGCUGAAGGUGAAAACUACACGCUAAUCAUUUAUGUUUUUUUGUUUUUUUAUGAUCAGUGAACUUCGUACUCAUGUGUACUUUAUAUCCGUCUUUGGAUGCACUGGAUUACAUUCAUUUGCCAAUUCUAUAAUUCUCAUAAUUCUUGGUCAUGACAUGUUUUGUGUUUGUGUCUGUAAACAGACUUAAAAGGGAAAAUUAAGAGCAAUGGCACAAUCUUCAUCAGCACCACAAAAACCAAUCCAGGCCAGGAGAGGGAGUAUGGAUGAACCACCAUUAUCUCUUUCAGAGGAGCUUAAGUGCUCGAUCUGUCUGGAUGUGUUCACUGAUCCAGUCAGCACUCCAUGUGGACACAACUUCUGUAAGAGCUGCCUGAACCAGUGCUGGAACAACAGUCAGACCUACAACUGUCCGUUCUGUAAAGAAGCGUUCAGUAAAAGACCAGAGCUGAAGAUCAACACUGCUCUCAGACAGGUCGUGCAGCUCUUUAAGGAAAAGUCUGGUCUGACUAAACCUGAGGUUCUCUGUGACAUCUGUGACGAUAUAAAGCUGAAAGCCUUGAAGAUGUGUCUGGUGUGUCAGAGCUCUUACUGUCAAAGUCACCUGGAGCCUCAUCAGAGAGUCCCGCAUUUAAAGAAACACAAACUGAUCGAUCCUGAGAAUCUUGAGAACUAUAUGUGCAAGACACACGAGAAACCUCUGGAGCUGUUUUGCAGGGAUGAUCAGACGUGUGUGUGCUUGCUCUGUGGAGUGAAAGACCACAAGAAUCACAACACUGUUGCUGUAGAAGAGGAGAGCGGAGAGAGAAAGCCUCAUCUGAUGAAGAUGCAGACAGAUGUGCGACAGAUAAUCCAGGAAAGAGUGAAGAGAUUACAAGACAUCAGACACUUAAAAGAAGUAGAAAAUGAAUCAUCAGAGAGAGAGAAAGCAGAGAGUAUGGAGCUCUUCACUGAUCUGCUGCGCUGCAUCGAGAGAUGUCAGUCUGAGCUGCUGGAGAUGAUGGAGCAGAAGCAGAAAGCAGCAGAGAAGCAGGCUGAGGAGCUGAUUAAAGAGCUGGAGCAGGAGAUCACUGAGCUGAAGAGGAGAGACACUGAGCUGGAGCAGCUCUCACACACUGAGGAUCACCUGCACCUCCUACAGAUUUACCCAUCGCUGAGCAGACCUCCACACACCAGCAGCUCCACUGACAUCAGUUUUAGGGACACUCAGAUGAGCGUGGAGCCUCUGAGGAAAGCAAUGAUUCAGCUGCAGGAGACUUUAAAUGAGAAACUCAGUAAAACCGUUCAGAAGAUAAUGCAGCAUGCAGAUACAAGAGUCUCUGACACUGAGAGCGUUCACAAGACAAUGAAGCAAUAUGAAGAGAAUGUGAUGGAUCCAGAUACGUCAGUUAUCUCCCCACUUCAGAAGACAAUGCAGCAAUAUGCAGUGGCUGUGACUCUGGAUCCUGAUACAGCUCAUCCAAAUCUCAUCCUGUUGGAUCAUGGAAAACAAGUGGCAUACAGAGACAUAAAACAUGAGCUCCCAGACAACCUACAGAGGUUUGAUUUCUGUCCCUGUGUCCUGGCAAAAGAGGGUUUCAGCUCAGGGAGAUUUUAUUUUGAGGUGGAGGUAACAGGAAAAACUGAUUGGGAUCUGGGAGUGGUCAGAGAAUCCAUUAACAGGAAGGGAAUGAUCACAGCAGGUCCUGAGUUUGGUCACUGGAUUAUAGUUCUGAGGGAUGAGAAUCACUAUAUGGCUUGUGAGUCUAUUCCUGUCUCUCUGUCUCUGAGAGUGAAGCCUCAGGUUGUGGGUGUGUUUGUGGAUUACGAGGAGGGUCUGGUCUCCUUUUAUGAUGUGGAAUCUAAAUCUCAUAUUUAUUCUUUCACUGGUCAGUCUUUCACUGAGAAACUCUUUCCAUACUUCAGCCCUUUUAAUAGCAAAGAAGGUAGAAACACAGCUCCACUGAUAAUCAGGCACAAUAAAUGAAUGUACAUUCAAAUAAGAUUAAACUACAGUAUGAAUACUUUCUGAUUUCAAACGAUGAAACAAAUAACACACUUAAAAUUAAAUGACAUGUAAAAUAUAUCUGAUGAUAUGAUUAAAGUAGUAACCUAUGUUAAAUUCACAGUAAAUAAAAAAAUACAUACAAUUUAUGGUGAAAAACUGGCAGCUGCAGUUGCCAGAAUUCUACCAUAAAAUAUACGGUAACAACAUUUUGGUUUAGCGGUUUUAAGUAAAAUUUACAGUUAAAUACCGUAAUUUCAUACCGUAAUUUCAAUUUCAAGUGAUAUAAUGUUAAUAUACCAACCUAUUAAAGUACUGAAAUCUGUUUUGUAGCUUUGAAAUACACUGAUAACCACCAAAAGCAGGUGGUGAAGAGAAGGUCACACGAUGAACCAAAACCCAUCACAAGCAGCCUUUAAAUAUGAACAUAUGCAGAAGGUGCUUAGUGUCAUUCACACAAACACAUUCAACUGAAAUAUGCAAUAAACAUUCAUUUAAAAACAUAGUGAUUUUAAAGAAAAAAACAUCCAAUUCAAACAAAUUUUGAAAUGCAGUGCAGGGAAUUCUGGGAAUGUCAAUUUACCUGUAAAUUUUACUGGAAUUUAUUGUUAACAAUUUAACAGUUUUUUACUGUAGCAUUUUAUCUGUUUUUUUUUUCUGUUCAAAUCGUGGUCAUUUUUACAGUGUCUUUCUGUAUUGCACAUAUCUGUCUUUACUUUUUAUAAGUACAAAGUGCUAAUAAUUAAUGAAGAGUUUACCAGUUUUUAAAGGAACAGUAUGUAUCUAACAUUGAAUCUUUAUAUGUACUAAUGUGAAUGUUUUAAUAAAACUAUUAAUAUUAA